GAAGAAGAACUGGCGGCUCGCUGCUGUUUGAACUGAUGGAAACAGGAGCAACAGUUCGGGUUGGGAACGCGGUUUGUAGGAAAACAGGCAGAACUCUGAUUUUACUCCGAGGAUAAAGAUUCAGACUGGGUUCAAAGUGGACUGAAAUAAACCCAACAUGACUGCUCCUACUCUGCAGCAGCCCAGCUUCCUGCUGGCCAACCUUAAAGCUGAUUCCACAACCAAAGCUCUCCUGCAGCGAUGCCAGGAUCUGGUCAGGAUCAUCGAAGAAUAUCCUGCAAAGGAGCUGCACUUGAUCUUUCCCUGGCUGAUGGAGAACGUCUUCGGCAGUCUGGAUGGUGUCAUCGCCGGCUGGAACCUGCGUCUCAUCAGCUCCCGGAGCAACGAGUACGGCGUGGUCCUGGACUUCCUGAACCCGGGAGGCCCGAUGAUGAAGCUGGUUUAUAAACUUCAAUCAGAGGAAUAUAAAUAUGAAAUCCCCGUCAACUAUCUGCCGGGUCCUGUGAAGGCCUGCAUCCAGGAGGGGGUUCUCCCAGACUGUCCUCUGUUCCACAACAAGCUGCAGUUCCCUCCGGCGGGGGUCCUGACCCUCAACAUCGCCCUCAAUCCUUUUGAGUUCUUCAUGUUUUAUUUUGCCUUCUGUCUGAUCGCUCCGAGGAACUUCCCUCAGGGCCAACAGACCGGCUCCACGGACAGCGCCUACUUUGUCCUGGUGGACCUGUACCUGAAGUACUUCCUCCCCAGUGAGGGAAGUGUUCCCCCGUCCCCGUUCUCCGACUCCAGAGGUUCUGUCGCAGCUGCUUCUCCACGCUCCUCCGGCACAUCGUUCUCUGGUCACGGCGUUCACAGCCCCAGCCUCCUGAAGCAUCACAUCUUCCACCAGCCGUCGGUGAACGCAGACCCCGCAGCGCAGGAGAUCUGGAGGUCUGAGACGCUGCUGCAGAUGUUUGUGGAGCUCUGGCUCCAUCACUACUCCCUGGAGAUGUACCAGAAGCUUCAGUCUCCUCAGGUAAAGGUCCUGGAGACGUGGCUCAGCUACAUCCAGCCCUGGAGGUACACCACAGAGAAGAGCAACCCCCAACCGGACCAGAACAGAACCGUUCCAGACAAAUGGGAGCCGUUUGUCCACGAGAACCUGCUGUUCUACACCAAGCUGUUCCAGGGCUUCCUGAACCGGGCCCUGAAGACGGACCUGGUCAAUGCCAAGAACGCCCUGAUGGUGUUCCGGGUGUCCAAGGUGUUCGCUCAGCCCCACCUGGCCGACAUGGUCCAGAAAGGCGAGCAGCUGUUCCUGGAACCAGAACAGGUGGUCCAGCACCGGCAGCCCCGAGGCUGCCUGGCGCCCGGCCCGGGGGGCGGAGCCUUGUGGUGGCGGCAGCACGUGGUGACGGACAGCGUGAAGGUGAAGAGUCACGUGUUCUCCCUGGAGGGCCCGGACUGUCAGUACCAGCAGAUGUUCGGGUCGGACCUCAGAGCAGCGAUCCUGAACUUCAUCCAGAUCAUCGCUCAGGCCCGGCAGACCGCCAAGAGGAUCUCGGACCAGUCCAUCGAGGCGGCGUCCAGCUCCUCCUUCCUGUCCUGGUUCGGACUGGGCUCGUCCGACAACAACAACACUCUGACCGGCGCCGAGCCCGAGGACAGCGGCGAGUGUCUGAGGAGGACCCACGAGUUCCUGGACCGGGCCCUGGAGAACCUGAGUCUCAUCUUUAAGCUGAACCAGGGUCAGCUGGUCCAGCUCGUGUCCAACCUGGGCUCGGCUCCGGACGACGGACUCUCCAAGCAGCUGCCGGACUGCGUCCAGAGCGAGAACGGGCUGGUUCUGACGGACCUGGGCCGGAGGCAGAUCAUCAACGGACUGCGCCGCUUCGACCUUCAGUACCAGGGAGACCCGGAGCUGCAGCCAAUCAGGAGCUACGAGAACGCCCUGCUGGUCCGGUUCCUGUACCGGGUCUCGUCUCUGGUCAACAUCAGACUGGAGGGUCACAUGACCGCCCUCUGCUCGCGCCCGGACUUCCUGGGCCGGCUCGGUCGGUACUACCUGACGGAUCGGGACUCGUGGGUGAGACUGAGGCAGAGUCCGAUGAACCGGCAGACCGCGGAGCGGGUCCGGCGGCCCCGGCUGAGCCUGCGGCCCCUGGCCAGCUACCAGACCCUCCUCCUGCUGCUCCUCUUCUAUGCACUGGGGGCCCUGCUGUCCUUCGGACCCGUGUCCAGCACCGCGCUCCUCAUGGCGGGAGCGGUUCUGUACGGAGUUCUGAUGACGCUGUUUGGAGACAAACUGAAAGUUCAGUGAGCCCCGACAGGAAGCUGAGGUUUGGGUCGGUUCUGAUCGUUUCUACGACUGGAUCUCAGAGGAGAAUACGACUCGACUUCUUGUAAAGAAAGUUUUGUAUUUUUUGCUCCUGCAGGCCGAAAGGCUUUGACUGAUGGAUUAAAGUAUUUUAUUUUGAAAAUAAAAUUUCAAUAAAACAUUA